CAACGUCCAAAAAAAGUACUCCAAGUUCCACAAUGCUGUGCGGUUUAUUUCCGGAAGUAAUUCAUCUCCAUUGGGUCAACGAAAGCGCGACGUAGUUACUUCCAGUUUUACAAUAAGUCGCAGCCAUGCCGCCUGGGCCUGUUCAAAUCGUUCAGCCGGAGGCUAACAACAAGAAUGAUUCAACAGCAGAAGAAACGCCAGCCACAAAACCUAUUGUUGGUAUCAUUUAUCCACCUCCCGAGGUCCGAAACAUUGUUGACAAGACAGCCAGCUUUGUUGCAAGGAACGGGCCUGAAUUUGAGGCAAGAAUCCGUCAGAAUGAGAUCAACAAUCCAAAGUUUAACUUCCUCAACCCGAAUGACCCCUACCAUGCCUACUAUCGCCACAAAGUCAAUGAAUUUAAGGAGGGGAAAGCUCAAGAGCCAUCUGCAGCUGUGCCCAAAGUUAUGCAGCAGGCUAUGCAACAGUCCCAGCAGCUUCCUCAGAAAGUUCAGUCACAGGUGAUUCAGGAGACAGUGGUCCCCAAAGAACCUCCCCCUGAGUUUGAGUUCAUUGCAGAUCCUCCAUCAAUCUCAGCAUUUGACCUGGAUGUUGUCAAGCUCACUGCCCAGUUUGUUGCUCGCAACGGGCGCCAGUUUCUCACUCAGCUCAUGCAGAAGGAACAGAGGAACUACCAGUUUGACUUUUUGCGACCACAGCACAGCCUUUUCAAUUACUUCACCAAGCUGGUGGAGCAGUAUACUAAGAUUCUGAUCCCUCCCAAAGGCUUACUGACCAAACUCAAGAAGGAAGCCGAGAACCCAAAAGAGGUUAUGGACCAGGUAAGGUACCGUGUUGAAUGGGCAAAGUACCAGGAGCGCGAGAGGAAGAAGGAGGAGGAGGAAAGGGAGAAAGAACGAGUUGCAUAUGCCCAAAUUGACUGGCAUGACUUUGUAGUGGUCGAAACAGUGGAUUUCCAGCCUAAUGAACAAGGCCACUUCCCACCACCUACCACACCAGAGGAGCUCGGUGCUCGCAUCCUGAUCCAGGAGCGCUAUGAGAAGUUUGGAGAGAGUGAGGAGGUAGAGAUGGAAGUGGAGAGCGAUGGUGAAGAUGAUGAGCGGGAGGAUAGGGGUGAAGGCCAGCCUUCACAGCCUGAUCAAGACACACAAGUACAGGACAUGGAUGAGGGAUCUGAUGAUGAGGAUGAUGGCAUGAAGGCUCCACUUCCACCGGACACCCCCAUGCCACCUCCACUGCCUCCAACUCCAGAUCAGGUUAUCAUUCGCAAAGACUACGACCCCAAAGCAUCCAAGCCUCAGCCUUCAGUUGCAGUUCCAGACGAGUACCUCAUCUCUCCCAUUACCGGUGAGAAGAUCCCGGCCAGUAAGAUGCCAGAGCACAUGCGUAUCGGUCUGCUAGAUCCACGCUGGCUGGAGCAAAGAGACCGCAGCAUCAGAGACAGACAGACUGAGGAUGAAGUUUAUGCUCCUGGUUUGGAUAUCGAGAGCAGCUUGAAACAGCUGGCUGAGAGGCGUACUGAUAUCUUCGGUGUGGAAGAGACGGCCAUCGGUAAAAAGAUUGGGGAAGAAGAAAUCCAAAAGCCAGAGGAGAAGGUUACCUGGGAUGGGCACUCUGGAAGCAUGGCUCGUACACAGCAGGCAGCGCAGGCCAACAUCACCCUGCAAGAGCAGAUAGAAGCCAUUCACAAGGCCAAAGGACUGGUGGGAGAAGAUGACACUAAAGAGAAAAUUGGCCCUAGCAAGCCAAGUGAAAUUCAUCACCAGCCACCCAUCCCCUCCUCUGCACCCAGUUUGCCUAAACCUAGUCCCCCUGUCACAGUGGUGCCUCGCCCACCCUCUGUGGCACCACCAGUACGCACCACUCUCUUGUCUGCUGUACCUGUAAUUCCGAGACCACCUGUGGCUCCUGUGGUGCGUCUUGCACCAGGACAAGUUAUUACCCCAAUGCCGCCCAUGAUUCCUGCUCCCCGCAUUAACGUGGUUCCCAUGCCGCCUUCUGCGCCUCACAUCAUGGCUCCCAGACCACCUCCCAUGGUUGUUCCAGCCCCAUUUGUUCCUGCUCCACCUGUGCCACAGCCACCAAGUGCUGCUCCAGCACCACCUAUCCACCCACCCCCACCUCAUGAGGAUGAGCCUGUCAGUAAGAAGAUGAAGACUGAGGAUAACCUGAUUCCGGAGGAGGAGUUCCUUCGUAGAAACAAGGGUCCAGUGGCUGUUAAAGUACAGGUUCCUAACAUGCAGGACAAGAGUGAAUGGAAGCUGAAUGGCCAGGUGCUGAAUUUCACUGUCCCAGUCACAGACCAGGUGUCUGUCAUUAAAGUCAAAAUCCAUGAAGCUACAGGCAUGCCGGCAGGAAAACAGAAGUUGCAGUAUGAGGGUAUUUUCAUCAAGGAUUCCAACUCACUGGCUUACUACAACAUGAGCAACGGUUCGAUCAUUCAUCUGGCACUGAAGGAGAGAGGUGGAAGAAAGAAGUGAGCCAUCCUUGCAGAAAGAAGACAUGAUUUUUUUGUUGCUUUAUUUUGUUGUUGUUUGUGUCAUAAAAUUAAUUUUUGUUUGCAUUAUAUGGCAUUUUUCAUACAAUUGUGUGCGAACAACGUGUCCUCCUUAAAGGUUAAAAGGAUAAUACUCUGGAUGGAAGUCAUGAUUUCACACUUUUGCUUCAGUCUUUUUCUUCUCUGUGAUGCAACUUAAGUGGUAAUUUGUAACAACAUGUAGAGCCCACGAGAUUCAUUCAUUGAAAUAAAGGAGUUUUAAAUGGUC